AUGGCUUCCCCGUUGGAGCUGGAGAAGGACAUGCAGGGGAAGGUGGGUUCGUUUCGAGCCCGCAUCGCGCAGGAGGCCGAGGAUCUGGUGUCCACCUUCUUCCCUCAGAAGCUGUCGGAGCUGGACAGUCGGGUCCAGGAGCUGCAUCUGCAAGACCUGUCCGGAAUCCGCUCGGUGCCCGCCCUGGAGCCCACCGCCGUGCCCGACCCCGUGGGGGACGCGCCCAACCGGGACCCGCCACCGCCGCUGCAGCCCCAGUCCUCGCUCAAGGUGCCGGCCCUGCCCGGGGGCGAGGGACGGCUGCUGCGGAGCAACCAGCAUCUGGUGGGGCUGAUUGAGCGGGUAAAGCCCGAGAUCGAGCUGCUGAGAGAGAAGUGCAACACGGUGCGGAUAUGGGUGCAGCUGCUCAUCCCGAAGGUGGAGGACGGCAACAACUUCGGCGUGUCCAUCCAGGAGGACACCGUGGACCAGCUGUGGACCGUGGAGAGCACCGCUGCCUCCUACCUGCGCCGCUUCUCCACCUACUACAACACCAGGGCCAAGCUGGUGUCCAAGAUCGUGAAGUACCCCCUGGUGGAAGAUCACCGCCGCACGGUGGCCGAGGUGGACGAGAACGAGUAUCUGAGCGUGCGCCGGAUCCUGCUGCACGUUCGGAACCAGUAUGCCACCUUGCACGACGUGAUCCUCAAAAACAUCGAGAAGAUCAAAACUCCUUGGACCACCAACACUGACAACCUCUACUGAGGGCUUUUCUCCACCCCUCUUUCCUUCAGGAGGUGGUCCAGCUGUUUAGGCAGCCAAAGGGGGUUCUUAAUGACUCUACAGGUGACGAAGCGACUGGAAAUGUGCGUUACGUUUAAUGACAGUUGCGUACGGCUUUACCCUCACACUCAGUCCUUGUGGUGUAGCUGUUACUUGCUUUUUCUUUCCCCGAGAGGAUGAGGACAGACCAUGGUAGGGUUGGCCAGGGAGGAGGACUGCUGUUUUUAAAAGCAGUUUUGUAGAUGAAUGUUGGCCAGGGUUCUUUUUUAUGGCAUUGGUGACAUUGGAUGGUUUCAGGGGUUACUCAAAGAAAAAUCUAAAGUUCAAAAGAAAGUUAAAUGAAGUCUUUCCUGAGGUUCUGCUAUAUGUUACUUUGUUCAAACCUCAGAAAUGCUCCUUUUACCACCAUCGUUUGUUUUUUGCAAGGAAAGGGGUUUAAAGGGAUGUGUUUAGGUCAUUGUAUGUCUCCAGUUUGGCAGAUUGAAAUAAAGCGGUUUUAACAUUUUAUGAUGUACUAAGUGUGCUUAUCUGAACUGUAAUCUUCAGAGGUAUAGGAUUUCUGUCCUCAUUUGGACUCAUACCCUUGAUAUUUUUCAGCUCUGAUGCGUAAGAAAAAUGAGCGUAUAAAGAGUAACAGAUCUUCAUUGUUCUAAAGAAAUGGACUGCCAUGCCUCCCUUAGAAUGAAAAGGACUCUAUGAAAACUGCUUCCAUGCACAGCUUUCUACCGUCUCUGCAUCUUCCGGUUUCCUUUCACACAGCGUAGAAUUCCUUCUGUGUAUUCAUUUAUCUCCUGAGUUCCUGCUGAAUCUUUUAAGCUUUGUAUCAUGUCUACUUUUUUUUCUCCUCAGUUGAAUUUCAUCUCUCUUCCCCUUUUGUCUCUUGAGAUGUCUCUUACGGCCU